GGAGGCGGGGCGCCCUCGGCUCACUUCCGGCCCGGCAGAGGCGACCGCAGGCGCGACGCGCCCAGUGCGGCAGGCCGGAGCGCCGCCGAGGCCCCGGGCCUCCCUUCCGAGGGCCGCACGCAAAUGAGGGCUCGGGCCACGCGCGUCGCGAUUCGCGCGUUGGCGGCGGCGCUCCGGCGAGGGAGCCGGGCGUAUGUAAAUGAGCGGAUUCUGUGUGCACGCUCCUAUAGGCCGGGGCGCGAGGACGCGCGUGAGCCAAUGGGAGCGCCGGGCGUCCAAUCGGGGCUGUGCCUAUAAAAGGGUGAGGCGGCGGCGCUGGCGUGCAGUUUCCUGUUUGUGAGAGUGUCUGUGUGUGCAUCAUGUCUGGUCGCGGCAAGCAAGGCGGCAAGGCCCGCGCCAAGGCCAAGUCGCGGUCGUCCCGCGCCGGCCUGCAGUUCCCGGUGGGGCGCGUGCACCGGCUGCUGCGCAAGGGCAACUACGCGGAGCGCGUGGGCGCCGGCGCCCCGGUGUACAUGGCGGCCGUGCUGGAGUACCUGACGGCCGAGAUCCUGGAGCUGGCGGGCAACGCGGCCCGCGACAACAAGAAGACGCGCAUCAUCCCGCGCCACCUGCAGCUGGCCAUCCGCAACGACGAGGAGCUCAACAAGCUGCUGGGCAAAGUGACGAUCGCGCAGGGCGGCGUCCUGCCCAACAUCCAGGCGGUGCUGCUGCCCAAGAAGACGGAGAGCCACCACAAGGCGAAGGGCAAGUGAGGCCGCCGCUCGCACCGGCCCGCGUCUGCCGAGACGCCCGCGAACUCAAAGGCUCUUUUCAGAGCCACCCACUGGUUCAGAUUAAAGAGUUGUGACAUCACG